AUGACCGAGCCGGAGAACUUCGAAGAGGAUCUCUUCGCCGACCUCUACGAUGACAAUGAUGGCUCCAAGAACGCACCAGUCUCGAACCACCCUGCGGCUCCCUCAGCAGACGUUCCCGAUGUCCACGAAAGUCACAUGCCGAAGGCGCACGAUCACACACCGCCAGACGAACGUGGUGAAGUGAACAAUGGGCUGGAAGAAGAGGAUGAUGACGACGAGGUGGAUUUCAAUCUCGGCGGAGGCAGCACCUCGGCCCCGCCCCCAGCGCAACAUGACGAUAUGCCGACGACGCCUCCAUUCGGGUCGGUGCACAAAGCGAGCGCCAAAGAUGAUGGGGGAUUUGGCUGGCUUCAUGGGCGGCAGAGCGUCAGGCUGGGAAACGGAAAUCCCCGGUUGAACAAGCAAGCACAAAACCACAUCAGCGACGUGCAGGGAGAAAAGGUCAUGUUCGAAUGCUCGAGCAUGCAAGCUCUGGGUGGGAAAGCACCAAGAUUCAGUCUCCAACACUCUACAAGAGGAGAGGAAUCUGCUGCAAGAAUCUAUGACGAGGAGGAAUCCCUACGUGACUACUUUUCGCAGUUUGGCGAGGUUGUCGAAUGCACCGUGAUGCGAGACAGCAGCACUGGUCGGUCUCGAGGCUUCGGAUUCCUGACAUUCAAGGACGCAAAGACGGUGAACAUUGUCAUGGUCAAGGAGCACUUCUUGGAUGGAAAAAUUAUUGACCCGAAACGUGCCAUUCCCCGCGAUGAGCAGGAAAAGACGAGCAAGAUCUUCGUCGGCGGUGUCAGCCAGGAGACGACCGACCAAGAGUUCCGGGACUACUUUGCCCAGUUCGGCCGCGUCGUCGACGCUACCCUGAUGAUGGACAAGGACACGGGACGACCCAGGGGCUUUGGCUUUGUCACCUUCGAGAGCGAAGCUGGUGUCGACGCCUGCAUCAACGUCCCCCUCGAAAUCCACGGCAAGCCCGUCGAGGUGAAGAAGGCCCAACCACGCGGCAACCUGCGCGAGGAGGAGGAGGCGGCCAAGCGCAACAAGUUCCGAAAGGGCGAUGACCAGUCCGGAAGCCAGGGCAGCGGCGUGGGCGGAGGACAGGGCGGAGGCGCCAGCAACGGCAUGACGCCGCAGGUCAUGGCGCAGUACUUUCAACGCAUGCAGCAGUACUUUGCCAUGAUGCAGAACCAGAUGGCCAUGAACCGGGGCAUGCAGAUGAACCCGGCCAUGUGGCAGCAGAUGAUGCAGAUGCAGCAGAUGCAACAGCAAAUGAUGGGCCGAGGCGGCGGCGGCAACAACCCCCAGAACAUGCAGAACAUGCAGAACAUGAUGUCGAACAUGCAAAACAUGAACCCUCAGAUGAUGCAACAAAUGCAGCAGCAGAUGCAACAGCAGAUGAUGCAGCAACAACAGCAACCGUCGCAGCAGCAGCAGCAGCAGCAGCAGAAGCAACAACAACAACAACAACAACAACAACAACAACAACAACAACAACAACAGCAACCGCCGCCGCAGAGCGCGGGCAGUGACCAAGGCAGCAACUAUGGAGGAAACGGCUUCCACCAGCAACCGCCGGCGGGCCCCGCCGGCGGCCGCCGAGCAGGUCGAGGUGGCUACGGGGGAGGACAUGGCGGAGCUUAUGGUGCCGGCGCCCCGACAUCAUGGGAGGGAAUGUAUGACGAUGUUCCGCAGCCCAAUGCCGGCGGGGGAGGCGCUCGCCGAGGGGGUGGCCAAGGAACGUCGGAUCCGCAGAACGCUCCGCCGGCAAACGCUCCCACGGGACCCAAGAAUGCCGGUCGCCCAGGCGCCAACUACCGUGGAGGCGGCCGCGGCGGGAACAGAGGCUUCCAUCCUUACUCGAGGUAG